CUUAUCUGAGCACCCCUCGUCCUGUCUUUUCCAACCCUUCUGACGUUUCCUCUGUCUAUAUGCCUCUCUCUCCGUCCUCUUCCUCCCUCAUUUAUAACUCUAACCCGUAAGUUCAAAGCCUCAAACCCUCUCAUAUUGUACGUAUGCCUCAUCUUCACCAUCCUCCUUUAGGCCUUCCAAACAUAGAUUCCAAAAGAAAGAAUGGGAGCUUAAUUAGAUGGGUAUCCUCCAACAGUAUUCAAAGUUGAAAGGGAAGAAAGAGGAGACGUCAUGGUUAAUAGGAGAUGAAGGAAAGGCAACGGUGGCAGCCUGAAGAAGACGCACUCCUCCGCGCCUAUGUCAAGCAAUAUGGCCCCAAAGAAUGGAACCUUGUCUCUCAACGCAUGGGUAAACCCCUCGACCGUGACGCCAAAUCCUGCCUUGAGCGUUGGAAGAAUUACCUCAAGCCUGGUAUCAAGAAGGGUUCUUUAACCCCUGAAGAACAAUCCCUCGUUAUUUCUCUGCAAGCUAAGUACGGCAACAAGUGGAAGAAGAUCGCAUCUGAAGUCCCUGGUCGCACAGCCAAGCGACUGGGUAAGUGGUGGGAGGUCUUUAAGGAGAAACAGCUCAAACAGAGCAACAAGACCCAUCAACAACAGCGCCUCUUCUCUCUCGAUUCCUCUGCAAAUUCUUCUAUCCCAACAACCCCUUCAGCUCCAUUAACAGUUUCAUCAACAACAACCCUUCUCUCUGCUUCACCUGAACAAGGGAAGUAUGAUCACAUCUUAGAGACUUUCGCAGAGAAGUACGUUCAGCCAAAGUUGCAGCUUCUACCUUCUCUACUGAUGCCUAACCUCUCCCUAUCCGACGCCCCUCCUCUGCUUUCACUCUCCGGCGCCACCACUACCACCACCACCACCACUUCGCCGCCGUCGAUGCUUCUCCCCUGGAUGACUGUUAAUAACUCGACCACCUCGUCUCUGUCUUCUUCCUCUUCCACAACGGCUUCGCCGUCCGUGAGUCUUUCUCUAUCUGCAACGGACCUAAGCAAGGUCGACCCAGUUUCACCGGAGAUCGGGCGACUCCUCCCUGUUCAUGAGUUGGCUACUUUGGUUCAGUAUUGUAAGGAGCUUGAGGAAGGGAGGCAGAGCUGGUUGCAGCAUAAGAAGGAAGCCAUGUGGAGGUUGAGUCGGUUAGAGCAGCAGUUGGAGUCGGAGAAGAACAGGAAGAAGAGGGAGACGAUGGAGGAGGUAGAGACCAAAAUCAGGUGCUUGAGAGAAGAAGAAAUGGGUUUUCUUGAUGGGAUUGAGAGGGAAUGCAGAGAACAACUUAAUUCUAUUUACAGGGAUGCAGAAGCUAAGGAAGCUAAGAUGGUGGAGAUGUGGUCACGUAAGCAUGUUAAGCUUGCUAAGCCUGUAGAACAGCAAUUGGGUUCUUUUUAUUCUUUAUCAUCACUUCACCACCAUCACCACCACCAUCAUAGCUAAGAACUGAGGAGGAAACCACUACUGCAACCCAUGUCUUCUCUGUUUUGAUAUUUCCAGAUGUUUUUGUUUUUAAUCUUCGUCUUUCUAUGUUUACUGAAUAAAAAUAAUAUAAUCUAAUAUGGUUUUGAAAUC